AUGCCGUACGCCGUGCGUAAAGGUCGCAGUGUGGGAGUCUAUGACACCUGGGACGAAUGCAGAGAGCAAGUGGACCGCUAUCCAUCAGCAAGCUUCAAAAAGUGUUCCACAUACCAAGAAGCCCAGGGCUUUGUAGAGGAGCGGAGCUAUGCACCAAGCACAGGUACAGCUAUCCUGAAGUCAGUGGUAUACACUGAUGGAUGCUGUUCUCGCAAUGGCAGGGAUGGAGCUACAGGUGGAAUUGGUGUCUACUGGGGUCCUGACAGUUCACUAAACGUUUCUGAAAGAUUGGAAGGAAGACAGACGAAUCAGAGGGCUGAGAUACAGGUAGAGAGCCCCUUCUGUCGUCAUGCUUGUUUUCCUGGUGUUCUGGUACUUCAAGCAGGUAUGACCGAAUGGGUGCCUAGAUGGAAGCAAAAUGGCUGGAAAACUAUCCAUGGUGGGGAUGUUGUCAACAAGGAGGACUUUCAGAAAUUGGAUAAUCUCUGUAAAAAUGUUAAGGUCACAUGGACUCAUGUUCCAGGACAUACUGGCCAGGAGGGAAAUGAAAUGGCUGACCAGCUGGCAAGGAGUGGAGCAAGAAAAUAA